AUGAACAUCACAAGCUCAGUCGUCUCUGAGCGUGACCGCGCCCUUUUAGGAGGCGAUUACAGUGUCUAUCACGCCCAAGCCACCCGCCGCAUUCACAACCUCAGGCGUAGACUAGGAGCCACCAACCGCGGACGCAAGUACAAUCCAAAAUCUCCGGUCACCGCAGAAAGCGUUGCACAAAAUGCAGAAUGGGUGCAACUUUUACUUGCCAGCUCUGAGAGAGCGUGGGCAGAUGCGAUGGCCAUGAAGUCAGCUCAAUCCACCGAAAACACACAAAAACCGAUGCCUGGUUCGACAAAGCGACAGAUCGCCUCGAGGCUACGACGAGCUAUCUUGUACGCCGAAAAUCUCGUUUCUAUCCUCCAGGAUCGCAGCAUAACUGGAGCCACGGAUAUCGACGACCUGGAGGCACGAGGAUAUCUCUACAUGCUCAAAGGAAGUCUUGACUUCGAAAAAGGGCACUGGCAAGCAUGUAUCGAGAGUUACUCUGUUGCGCACAUAAUCUACACCGCGCUGGCACAGAGUUCCAAAGCGGCAGAUACCUACAAGGAACUUUUGUCCAGCAUCGUGGACCCAAGCGUCCGAUAUGCAGCAUAUCAGCUGAAGAUGCCGCGCACGAUAGCCAUUGGCGAGAUUGCUAUUGAGCAUUUUCCAACCUCCGAGGCUGCUCUCCGUCAAGAGGUGGAAGCAAUUCAUCCGCAGGCCUUUGUCCGAGGACCGGAUGCAACUGCUCCCACGGAGGGAGGCCCCAAAGAGAUUCCGUUCAGCAUCUCGUGGAGGAGUAGGAACGUGAAGCUAGAGGAUGCCAACGUCUCCCAAGCACUAGGGAUUUCGAAAGAACGAGAAGAUGCCUUGGCCACCACAUACGAAUCAUUCAUAGAGGAGUCUGCGGGCAUCAAGGACCUCGCCGGGGCCUACGAAGAGAUAAUCACCGCGCGUCAGGAUGCGGCAGAUGCCACUAAGACAGCUAUCGACGAGCUUCUUGCUGAAGGUGUCGACCCUGGUGAUGCCCGUAUGCAGUCCCUGCAAAUCACGCGGACUGCCGUCAACUACGCCGUGAUCGAAUGGCGCAUUGGACGGAACAGAGUUCUCUGCGGCCCUGGGGAUGGGUUGGAUUUCACUCCAGAAAAACAGAAACACCCAAUGAAACCACGCAAAGAUGGCAAAGUCCGAACCGUCAAGGAGGAAAGCUCCGGCCGCAAACUGGCACGUCUUCGCGAGCGAGUUGCAUUGUAUGACUCGAUCCUUCGGAGUCUCGACGCCGUGAAGGAGCUCCCAGGCGUGAUCGCAGACAGUGCAUUCGUCGCCGAAGUCGAUGCAAAGCAGGCCUACUUCAGAGCCUUGAAAUGCCUGGCCAUCGGCCGCUCCCACACAAUCAACAACCAUAUCGUCAAUGCGUUGGCUCUUUACGCACGCGCGCUCGAGCUGGCUCAGGCAGCGUCGACUGACCUGCCCGAGUCGACAAUUUCCCCCAACUUGCCACCGAAACUGGACGUGUCUGGUCAACUCUCAGCCCAACUCACAUCGACUUUGAGCAAGCUUGUCACGCAGUACCGCGCCCUGGCCGAGUUGGAAGCCUUGACACAGCCAUCAACUUCGAGUGAUGGCAAAGCAGUCUCUAACCCCGCCUUCAAACCCGCUCCUCUGCUCGAGCGCCUGAACCGAAACGAAUACAUUGACAAUGUCGAUUUGACAAACCUGGUUAACUAUCCGCCCAAGCUGCGCCCAAUACCUGUGAAGCCGCUGUUCUUCGACAUUGCGUGGAAUUACAUUGCCUACCCUGGCGAGAAGCGGUAUGAAGGAGAGCAAGAGUCAGUCAACGGUAAAGUUGACGAUCACUCUGGUACUGGGUUGGAGAAGAAGUCCGAGGAUCAGAAACCGGCCAAGAAGGGCUGGUUCGGUUUCGGCCGAUGA